GUCCAUCGCCACCUCGCCACCCGGCCACCACACAUGGCCUCCUGCAUGCGGGUCACCUGUCGCGGCCUCAUACGCCCCGGCGGCCCGCGCCCGCAGCCGUCGCUUCCUCCCGUUCAACGGCCCCGAUCACCCCGCCGCCAUUUAUAAGUACCGCCGGCACGCGCGCGAGCAAGCUCACUGUACCACCCCUGCCUGGGAAGAAAAGGGAGAGAACCGGACGAUGGAGCUGGAGGCGGCGACGCGGCGCUUCCAGCUCUGGCUCCGCGGGCUGCGGUCGCUCCGCCGCGACCUCCGGACGGCGCGCUGGGCCGACGACCCGGCGCAGCUCGCCAAGCUGGUAGCCGGCUACGUGUCCCACUUCGCCGACUACUGCGCGGCGCGGGCGGAGCUGGACCCGGUGUGGACGCUGGCGGCGCCGUGGGCGAGCCCCGUGGAGCGCGGCGCGGCGCACUGGCUGGCCGGGUGGCGGCCGACCACGCUGGUCCACCUGCUCUACACCGAGUCCGGCAGCCGCUUCGAGGCGCAGCUCCCGGACCUCCUGCUGGGCGUGCGGUCGGGCAACCUGGGCGACCUCAGCCCGGCCCAGCUGGCGCAGAUCGACGAGCUGCAGCGCCGCACCGUGGCGCAGGAGGACGAGCUGUCGCGUGAGAUGGCGCGGGUGCAGGAGGGCCACGGCGCGGUGGGCGCCGGCGGGGAGCUGGUGGACGUGGGCGGGCUCGUCGGCCGCGUCGGCGCGGUGCUGGCCGGGGCGGACGCGCUGCGGCUGCGCACCAUGAAGCGCGCCGUGGAGAUCCUCGAGCCGGCGCAGGCGGCCGAGCUGCUCGUCGCGGCGGCGGACAUGGAGAUCGGGUUCCGCGAGUUCGGGCUCAAGUACGACGGCGUCGGCGCCGGCGGCUCGUAACGUCCAGCCAGCUAGGUCGGUCAUCAUCGGCGCUCGGCAGGUCCAGCCCGGUUUUUUUCCAGGUGUAGUUGGUUUGACUGGGACAGGGAGGCUUUCCACUCUUGUAAUCUUGUUGCCGCGACGAUUGUCCGCCAGAUCGGUAGAUCGACGGCUGUCGCGCGGUGAGUGUUUCGUCGUAGCUGGGCCGUGUCAGGGCGUGCUGUUGACCGAGCGACAAGUAAUAAAAUGCAGAGACACACGCUGCAUGCUUUUUUGGACUAA